AUGGUGAAGGGAUCUUGGGUCUCUGAUGCAGUUCAACAAGAAUUUGCAGAGAAUUGGGAUUGGAAUAACAAGAUACAAGCUAAAAGAGAAGCUUUGACAGCUAACUCAAUGGUUUUUAAUUCAAACUUGGAUUACAAGAGUUGUCAAAACCAUAUUUAA